UCCAGCAGACCAUAUGACAAAGUGCAAGUCCUGAAAUGCAAGAGACAGUCGCAAAACUGCUUUUGCACGAACACCGUGAUGUUCUUCGCUGCAGGCACGAAUGCUGUGACCAUCCAGCGUGUCGUGUACUGCUGCGAUGUAUGUGGAGAAGCUUUCCGAACGACUGCGGAUCUGGACAACCACCGGCAGGACCCGCACCACGAGAGGCCGGAGGGCAAGCACCGGUGCUCUUAUUGCCCCUACAGCAGUGAUAACAAGUCCCACACUACCAGGCAUGAGCGAACCCAUACGGGCGAGCGCCCGUUUACCUGCACUGUCUGCCAGAAGGGCUUCAACCGAGCCGACCUACUCGAGAGACACAUGAACAUACACACUAGGCAGAUAUGGGUGGUUCACAGCAAGUACGGACAAUAUGUCAAGCCUGAGGCGCCACAAGAAGCAGCACUCUCAGGACACCAAGGCACACACCUGCCCCUGCUGCGGCAAGACGUUUCGCCAGAGGGAACAACACCUCAGGCAGCAUCUUACAACGCACACACGCAAGCGGCCAUGGCAGUGCAAGAGGUGUUUCCCUCAUUUCGCCACUUUAAGAUAUCGCAAGAGGGCAGGGCUUUGGGCACUAGUGCGUGCUCUGGCCCAACAGCCUCGCCAACAGCUACAGGCGGAGAAUGUGCAAUUGUGCGAACCACCCAAAUUACAGUGCCAUGUGACAAUAGUGCAUGCUCUACCACAGCAGCCUCGCCAACAGCUACAGGUGGAGAAUAUGCAUUCGUGCAAACCACUCAGGUUACAGUGGCACUUGACAACAAGGAAGAGAUGAUGCAGACCGUGAAGUUAGAAUGAAAGUAGUCCAUAUUUAGGACUGUGCAGU